AUGGCAACCCACCUAGCCUACAGUGGAACCCUUCCCGGAGCCCAGCUCAAAGAAACAGAAGCAUACUAUGCUGCCCGCAACCCGAUGUCCCGACCGGUGUCGCAUGCCACCAUCAUGGAGGAAUUGGAUAGUGAGAACGACGAGGAUGAUGACUUGAGUUAUCUCGAUGAGUCGCCCUUCACAAGUGUUGCUUCGUUUGGUACCGGGAGCACUUCCUCGGCCUCGACGUCAGAUGAAGUGACUACGCCAGACUCCACCGGCUUGACGGCCUUUGACUUUCACAUCGAUGAAAAGCAUGUUAGGGGCCCGUCCGGGCCACACCUUUUCAGGUCAUCCAUGGACCUCUCGGAAUACAGCAGCUUUGUGGGGACUGAUGCAACCUUCGAGGAUCCGCCACCCAGUGCCAUGGCGGCUUUUUACCAAUCUGCUUCGAAGCUCGAUCCGUUCAGAAUGGAUACCCCAGUUCCAAACCGGAUUGCAAUUGCCCCGCAGCCUCAAGCACCGCCACAGCCUCAACCUCGCCAUCGCCCGCAGCAACUCCAGCUCGACCCUCAGAUCCAUCCAGCGGCUUAUAGCCAAACUUGUGAGGCUCCUGGCCUGAAGACGCCAAGCCUGACAGCAUCAUGUCUAACCGCACCAAGUCUGACGACGCCAGGCCUGCAGACUCCUGGUCUGAAGGAGGUGUGGCAAUGGUGCCCUGGAGACGUUGUGAGGUGGUUGCAUGAUCAGGGGUUCGAUGGGACUAUAACGGAAAUGUUCUACGUGAACGAUAUCAACGGCUCUAUUCUGCUUGAGCUCCAAACCGAGGAUCUGAAGGAGUUGGGUAUCCAAUCGUUCGGAAAGCGUCGGAUGCUGAUGAACGCCAUCAAGACACUUCAAGAGAGCCCACACACCACAACCAUGAAUGUUCCUUUACCAUCGGAAAUAUCGUCGGUCCCCCCAACACCUCGCACAGGUUUCACUGUUUCUAGCUCAGAUUGUCCAUCAAACCCAAACCCAGAUGGCUAUGGGUCUGAUGCCUCUAGUGGACUUGCGCAAGAUCAGCACCACUUGGGAAGCCGCUCACGUGUACCGGGUGACAUGCUACCAGGGGACUCGGUCUCUAUUGUGGCAAUUGAGGAAGUUCUUCCUAAGCUUCACAGUUGCUCGAAAGGGGAGAACUGCCGGAAAUGGCAGAAGCAACAGGCAAAGCUAGCCCAGCUGGCACAGGAUCUCCCCAUUGGCAAUGUGAAUGGUAGGAUCAUCCUCACCGGAGACCCUGGUAACCCCAAGACUGCACCUAAUCUCAUCAAAACGCCCAAGGUGGAUCAGACCCCUUCCCUUGUUGCAUCCUCUGAUGUGCUGGGUCCAUUGCAAACACCGCGGAGUCUCGGCCUAUCGAAGGAGAAGCUCAAUGAGGUUCAACCUCGAGACCCGCAGGAAAAUGUCCGAAACUUUCUGAGUUUCCAACAUCUGAGUAACAUACAAUCCAUCAAUGAUCCUGCAACCCCUCCACAGGAGUCAGCUCGUUCUCCAGAGUCCUCGUCACCUAUGUCACCAAAGGGAAAUCCGACUCUGUCUGAAAACCUUCGCCAUCUGCCCAGAUUGAUGAUCCCGGGUACAGAUGACCUGGACGACGACGACGACGAAACCUACACAAACUUGUCGGCUCAGAGGACUGUUACACAAGAAUAUCCCACUGCCAUUCCCAGAGGUCAACAGCGUUACGCCUAUGGCACGGCAGAGUCACCCGCGGACUUCUAUCGAGAUGACCCCCAUUACAGUCAAUAUACUCCAUAUUCCGAAGUGGAUGUUCCCGUAACGGCAUUCCCGAUCGGGCUCAUAGCGCGGGAGGAUUCUCAAUCCGUGCCUCCCAACAUGCGAUUUGGGUCAGACCGACUGAAUUUGGCUGACCCUAUUCACCGGCCCUCAUCCACCAAGGCAAUGAGACCUCGGCGCAACACAUCUCACCAGAACACACCGAACUUGAAAUCACUUGACGAGCGUCGUGCCGUCAAUCCAAUUGACACCCCUGAAGACCUUGCGCAGGCUCAGCGUAUGGGACAUGGUUCUCCGACCAGAAGGUCGCCAAAUGACGUCACUCACAGUGGUUGGAUGAAGAAGCGCAAGACCACCCGCCUUUUGCGCCAUGAAUGGGAAGAGAAUCACUAUACCCUCAAAGGAACCCAGCUUGCCAAGCACGCUGAUGAAGCCUCUGCUCAGCGGCACUCCAGAGCUCUGGAGUAUAUUGACGUCGACGACUAUGCUGUGGCCUGCUCAUCACUCGCAUCCAGUUCGAAGUUGACCGCCGCAUUCAAGAAGACGGUCCUCAAACGGAGAAACAAUGGCGGUAAUGAGUCUGCGUUCGCAUUUUCUCUCAUUCCGGCCACCGGCAGCAGCAACACCAUUGUCGACAAGAAGGCUCUCUUUCUGAACCCUGGGAAGUCCCAUCACUUUGCAGUCAAUACUCGUGACGAACGUAUUGACUGGAUGCGAGAAUUGAUGCUUGCCAAGGCCUUGAAACGGGGUCGUGAGAACGGGUUUGACAUGAGCAACAAUUUCAUUUAA